ACAUCAUUUAUAUAUCAGUUUCACAAAACCAUAAAAAAAAAACUUAAAUUGAAAACAGAGUCCUUCCUUGUCUGUUAUCACUGUGUAAGCAGUGAUCGAUUCUGCGAACUGCGAUUCGCAUCGCCAAUUCAAAAGCGUUCGUUCGUCGGAGAUGGAGACGCUACCGACGACGACGACAAAGCGAGGAGGAGCGAGAUCGAAGCCCGUUCAGACCUCGAAAUCGUCUCUCGUUAUGGCCUUCUUCUCCUGCGUCGCGUGGCUCUACGUCGCCGGAAGGUUAUGGCAAGACGCAGAGAAUCGCAAUUUACUCGCUAGUCUUCUGAAAAAGAAUUCAGCUCAGAGGCCUAAGGUUCUUACAGUGGAAGAUAAGUUAAUGGUGCUUGGGUGCAGGGAUCUGGAGAGGAGGAUUGUGGAAGCUGAGAUGGAAUUGACAUUGGCUAAGAGCCAAGGGUACCUAAAGGGGCAAGGCCAGAGAAGCGGCUCUUCUGAUCGUAGGCUUCUUGCUGUUAUCGGAGUGUAUACUGGAUUUGGGAGUAAAUUGAAGAGAAAUGUUUUCAGGGGGUCUUGGAUGCCCAGAGGUGAUGCCUUGAAAAAACUUGAAGAAAGAGGAGUGGUCAUACGUUUUGUUAUUGGUCGGAGUGCUAAUCGAGGUGAUAGCUUAGAUCGCAAUAUUGACGAGGAAAAUCGCACAACAAAGGAUUUCCUGAUUCUUGAAGGUCAUGAGGAAGCUCAAGAAGAGUUGCCUAAAAAAGUUAAAACCUUCUUCAGUACUGCAGUUCAGAACUGGGAUGCUGACUUUUAUGUAAAAGUUGAUGAUGGCAUUGAUAUUGAUCUCGAGGGUUUAAUUGAACUUCUUGACCGUCGUCGUGGUCAGGAUGGGGCAUAUGUUGGAUGCAUGAAGUCAGGAGAAGUGAUAUCAGAAGAGGGAAAGCCAUGGUAUGAACCUGAUUGGUGGAAAUUUGGGGAUGAAAAAUCGUAUUUCCGACAUGCGGCUGGUUCACUUGUUAUAAUUUCAAAGAAUUUGGCACAAUACAUUAAUAUAAACAGUGUAUCUUUGAAGACAUAUGCCUAUGAUGAUACAUCAUUGGGAUCAUGGAUGAUGGGCGUCCAAGCAACUUACAUAGAUGACAGUCGGCUUUGCUGCAGUAGUAUCAGACAAGACAAGGUAUGCUCCUUGGCUUGAUUGGAGGAUCACAAGCACAUUCUUCCCUACUCUUAUGGGAACUCACACAAUUUGUCUGAAAAUCAGUAUCAGUUGAACAUUAUGUUCACUCUUUUCAGUUGCAUACUGCCUUGAGAGCUUUGUAGACAAUAUCAAUAUAAUUCCUUUCUAGAUCCAGUUAUCUGUUCAUUCUUUUAGAUGCUAGCAGCGAAAUUGAGGGAUAACUACUGAUUACGGAGUUCAGCCAUUGGUGCUCAAUUGCUAUUUUCGGGGGUGAUAUGAUUGUAGUUUUACUCUGCUAUUGGAUAUACACAACUUCUGUUGAUGACCAAAUAUUGAAGAGAAAAAAAAAACUAUAUACUAAAUAUUGAUGUAUUGAACCGCUGACGAACUAAUUGUAGACUUUGUUGCACUGAAAUUUUGCUGCAACUCAAUUUAUUUAUGAUGCUUUUGCCUUUCGUAUUA